AUGGAUGGGUGUCAGACUUUGAUGGAAGAUCUGUUUGUAUUAUCGCCCCAGAGCACGAACGCGAACAACCGAGAACAUAUAAAUUCCGCUCAAGACCCCGGGCCUUCUGGUGGAGCAACUCCAAUGCCGUCCACAGUAGCAAGUUUUCUGUCUCCUGCAUGGAAUCCGUAUUCAGCAAUACCUGUACACUCGGCGGUGGAAAUUGCAGAACUACCCUCAACCGUCGCUCACUGGCUAGAUACGAAAUACGAUAAGCUGAAAGGAUUACGAUUAAAAGUCGUAGACAAAUCCAAGGGCGACCAUCAAGUGGCGAUGGAACUUCUCAGCCUUACCGACGAUACUGCCCACCUAGCAUUACUGGGACGUACACUGACAUUACCGAAAUCAGUGUUGUUUCCAAUUCAUCCUGUAAAAAAGGACGACUUUGUUACACCGCUUGAGGGCGAUUCAAUGGGGAUUAUAUUCAGGAUACGAUCAAUAGACAAGGAUAUUUGCGUUGUACAUAAAUAUCCUGUUACUCGUAUGAAACGCGGUGAUACAUUCCCAACUUUUCCGACAACAUCUUUGAUUCAAAUCUUCCCCCCGUCCCGUGGUGUCAAAGUUGUAAAUAUGUAG